AUGGACAACAAGAAAAAACGCAGUUUAAAAAGUCCGGAGGAAACGGCGAGUUUCUUGAGCGCGUUAUGUUUCGGUUGGACGUUACCGAUCUUCAUAAAAGGAGCGAAGCGUGAUUUGCAGAUCACAGAUUUGUAUGAUCCCUUGAAAUCCAACGAGUCCAAGGAACUCGGUGAUCGUCUUGAACGAGAGUGGAAGAAGGAGUUGGCGAAAGCAAAGGAAAUUCCGAUGCUUCCAGGAGGCAGCACGAAAAAGAAGCCGAAGAGACAGCCAAAUCUGGCUUGGGCUCUGAUUCGAGUCUUUUGGGUUCCUUUUACGGUGCAAGGACUGCUUCUCGUCGUGCAGAUGGUGGUGCUACGGCCUAUACAUCCCGUGGUCCAGAGCUGGGUAAUCAACUACUUCAAUUCAGGCGAAAACCCUACGACCCGAAAUCAGGUUCUCCUCUACGCAACCUUCCUGAUCCUUAUCAUCCUCGCCAAUGUUAUCCUUUUUCAGCACGUCCGAUUGCGAAGCCUGGAAGUCGGAAUGCGCAUGAGGGUCGCGUGCUGUUCUUUAAUAUACCGGAAGCUCCUCCGGCUUAAUCUGGCCUCAAUUAAUAAUAUAGCGGCAGGUCGAGUGGCCAAUUUAAUCAGUAACGACGUGGCGAGGUUCGACUUAGUUAUGAGGUUCAUCCACUUCAUUUGGAUCAUGCCGUUGCAAUUAUUAGUGGUGGGAUACGUAAUGUGGCAAUACAUCGGCGUGGUUGCGGUGGUGGGAAUAGCGGCGAUUAUGAUCCAGACAAUGCCUCUUCAAGUCUACGUUGGCCACCUCACGGCGAAAUUCCGUUCCAAAAUCGCGGCGAAGACGGACGAACGGGUGCAGCUAAUGAGCGAUCUGAUUUCUGGGAUAGAGGUUGUGAAAAUGUACGCGUGGGAAAAACCGUUCGAACAGGAAGUGUCGAAGAUACGUAAACUGGAGGUAAAACUGAUCUCCGUUACCUUGUACUUGUCGGGUAUACUCACGAGUAUCUUGGGGUUCGCGAAGAAAGUCUCUCUGUUCUUGACUCUGAUGACCUUUGUUCUGAUGGGAAACGAACUUACUGCCGAAAUCACAUUUGCACUUACUACAUUUUUUGACGUUCUUGGGCUGAUGUGUGCUCUGGGUGUUCCCACGGCAGUCGUCAGAGCUUCUGAAACAAAGGUGUCUUUAAGGAGGAUCACGGAAUUUUUACUACUGGAAGAAGUCCAACGUGGACAAGAUAUUGAAUCUAUAACUACGCAUGAGAACCGUAAUGGACUAGAUGAAAAUAACAGUGAAAUUAAGACUAUCGGUAAAACGUCGAGUAAAUGCAGUGUUGAGUUUGAAUUAAUUCGGGUUUCCGCAAACUGGGUUUACGAACAGCUGCCUCCUACCUUGUUCGAGCUUUCGACGAAGGUCAAGAGUCAAACACUUUCCGUGCUUGUGGGGCCUGUCGGCUCCGGAAAGUCGUCGUUGCUUCAACUCCUCUUGGGCGAAUUAUCGGUCGGUGCUGGAAAAAUGUCAUUUUUUACCACCGAAAACAACAAGAAGACUGAAAUUAGCCAUAAGGAUAUUCGCAUAUCAUACACUAGCCAAGACCCUUGGAUCUUUGCUGCAUCAAUACGCGACAACAUACUAUUUGGGCAAUCCUACGAUAAAGAUCGAUAUCGAGAGGUGACUAGAGUCUGCGCGUUAGUCGAAGACUUCGAGCAGCUGCCUCAAGGCGAUUUGACUUAUGCAGGAGAAAGAGGAGCGUCUCUGUCCGGAGGCCAGAAGGCUCGGGUUAACCUGGCAAGAGCUCUUUACAGAGAUGCCGAUUUGUACUUACUCGACGAUCCUCUCAGCGCUGUGGAUUCAAAAGUCGGAAAUCACUUGUUCAAGGAGUGCAUCCAGGGCUUCUUGAGGGGUAAAACCCGAAUCCUCGUCACCCAUCAGCUUCAAUUUCUUCGAGAAGCUGACAGUGUCAUUGUUAUAAAUCGAGGGUCUGUCGAGUACCAGGGUACUUAUGAAAACCUGGUUCUCUCUGGACUGAACCUAUUGGAUACUGAGAAGUCAGAGGAAUUUAAUACGACCAAAGCAGAAGAGGUAAACUCAGAAAAUUCUGCAGUUGUGGAAGGCAACGACGAAUCAAGCGAACUCUCUGGAAGUGACGAGACUUCUUCAUUAGACGUGAAACAGGAGGAGAUAGCAACUGGAAAAAUGUCAAACCAAGUGUACAAGAGCUACUUUUCGGCGGCUGGUAACGUGUGUACAAUUAUCAUAGCCAUUGCAGCUUUUAUUAUCGCGCAAGCAUUAGGUAGUGGAAGUGAUUACUGGAUAACAUAUUGGACGAACCAAAAUGCUCAAAGAGCCACGCUCAAACUUGUAAACGAGUCCACUUCCAAUUCUACGAUCCAUCGGAGUUUAGCCAGAGACAGUCAUCAACAGAUAGACUCGAGCAUCGAUUUUCAAUGGCUGGACGAUCAUGGACUGCUGCGUUCAAGCGUGGCAAUUUACGUUUAUUGUGUACUCAUUGCAGCCUUUACUAUCAUUCUCACUCUUCGUACCAUGUUUCACUAUCGGUUAUGCAUGAACGCCAGUCGGAGCUUACACAACUGGAUGUUCGCUAAUCUGCUGCAAGCCACCAUGAGAUUCUUCCAAACUAACCCAUCCGGAAGGAUUUUAAACCGAUUUUCAAAGGACGUUGGAACCAUGGACGAGCAGCUGCCCAAAACGAUGCUUGAGGUACUCCAACUCUUCACCACCGCAUCGGGAAUAUUCGUAAUGGUGAGCAUUGUCAACCCAUUGACAAUUAUACCACUGGUUGUCACUAGUGGACUGUUUUAUGUAGUAAGAAUUUACUACCUUAGAACGGCUCAGGACAUUACGCGGCUCGAAGGUCUCGCCAAAAGUCCAGUCUUUUCGCACGUCAAAUCGACUAUGGACGGGCUGACAACGAUACGAAGUCGGGGAGGACAGAUUAAAAAGAUGUUACUGGACGAAUUUGACCAUCAUCAAGAUGGCCACACUGGCGCCUGGUACUUAUCGAUUGCAACGCAAGUUGCGUUUGGGUUUACCCUUGACCUAGUUUUGUGUGGUUUGACGACUUUCGUUUGCUUUUCGUUUAUUGUGAUGGACAGAGGUACUGUUCUUAGCGGCAAUGUUGGUCUAGCCAUUUCGCAGUGCUUUAACUUGGCCGGAUUGGUCCAGUUCGGGAUGCAACAGAGCACUCUGGUCAUCUCACAAAUGACAGCAGUGGAGAGGAUCCUUCAGUACACAAAUCUGCCAAAAGAGGGACCUUUAAAAACUGAAAAACCACCUCCGGACACUUGGCCUUCCGAUGGCAGUUUAGUCUUCAAUGAUGUCUCCAUGAGAUACGCCAGCAACAAGCCACCGGUGUUGAAGCACCUCAAUGUGAAAAUAAAUCCUGGCUGGAAAGUCGGAAUUGUUGGAAGAACCGGUGCUGGGAAGUCUUCGCUCAUAUCAGCGCUAUUCCGUUUGACUGGAGACGAACUAGAGGGUGAAAUAAUACUAGAUGAUAUAGACACGAAGUCGAUAGGGCUGCACGAGUUGCGUCCUUUCAUCUCGAUCAUUCCUCAGGAACCAAUUUUGUUCUCUGCAAGUCUUCGCUACAACUUGGACCCAUUUGACCAAUACUCGGAUGCCGAGCUGUGGGCCAGUCUCCGAGAAGUCGAACUUGAGAAUGCAGUUCGAUCCCUCGAUUUCCGCGUAGCUGGAGGUGGAGCAAACUUCAGCGUUGGACAGCGGCAAUUGAUAUGCUUGGCCAGAGCCAUACUGAAGAACAAUCGAUUGCUCGUUCUUGACGAAGCUACCGCAAACAUCGAUCGUAGAUCCGAUGCUUUGAUCCAAAAUACCAUCAAGCGGAGGUUUGCAGAUUACACGGUGCUUACAGUAGCUCAUCGACUGAACACCGUAAUGGACAGCGAUCGAAUCAUGGUUAUGAGAGAGGGUCGCAUAGCGGAGUUCGGUCAUCCUCAUUUACUGUUGCAAAAUCCGAACGGUCAUUUCUCAAGAUUGCUUCAACAAACGGGAAAAGAGAUGACGGAAAAACUUACAGGAAUUGCCGAGAGUGCCUAUCGAAUGAGCCCCGAAUUCAGAAAGGAUUCUACAGACCUCAUCAUUCGUAACAGUGAAAACAUAAUAACGAAACUGUUAUAGCUACAGUAACCUUUGGAUUUCAUGAUAA